AUGCCCCCAGAACGAACAAACGCGCCGGUGAAGUUGUCACUGCCUCUGCAAUAUCAGCAAGACAUCUUCAACGAACUGCGCUCCGAGGAUGAAUUGAUUAUCCUUGCUCGUGGCCUAGGCCUACUUCAUCUUAUCACGAACCUCCUACACUUUUACGAUGCGGCCGGUAAUAACUUGGUAUUGCUGGUGGGUGCAAAUAAUAGGGAGAAUGACUGGAUCGGAGAGGCGCUCGCUGAGCACUAUGCUGUUAGCAAGUCUCCGAAUGCUAGGGGGUUAAAAGUGAUAAACACUGAGAAAGCGACUAUAUCGACGCGAGAGCGAAUCUAUGCCGAAGGUGGGAUCCUGAGCGUCACAUCUAGAAUAUUAGUGGUUGAUUUGCUAUCAGGACUUCUCGACGCUGAGAAAGUCUCAGGCAUGAUUAUUCUACAUGCUGAUAAAGUCGUUGCUACAUCAUUGGAGGCGUUCAUCGUUCGUAUUUACCGACAUGCGAACAAGCAGAGUUUCUUGAAAGCUUUCUCUGAUUCUCCCGAGCCAUUUACCACGGGAUUUGCCCCGUUAGCCAACAUGCUUCGUAACCUUUUCUUGCGAAAAGCAUCACUUUGGCCCAGAUUUCACGUAUCUGUCGCUGAGGCUUUGGAAGGAGAUCGGAAGGCUGAAGUGAUCGAAUUAGAGGUCCCAAUGAGCUCGAAAAUGCAAGAAAUUCAGAAUGCAGUCCUCGAAUGUGUGGAGAUCAGUAUUACUGAGCUCAGAAAAUCGAACACUGGUCUUGACAUGGAGGAAUGGACGCUGGAUAGUGCUUUGCAUCGAAACUUCGAUGUAUCAAUACGGCGGCAAAUGGAUCCAAUCUGGCAUCGUGUCAGCUACAGAACAAGACAGAUCGUUAGCGAUCUUUCUGAUCUUCGAGCGAUUCUUCAUGCUCUACUCACUUAUGACUCGGUAUCUUUUGUUAAGUACCUGGACACCAUUGUGGCAGCCCACUCACCCCCGCCUGGUUCGAAUAAGCACAAUUAUUCACCUUGGCUCUUCCUUGAUGCAGCCCACGUCAUGUUUCAAACAGCCAAGGCGAGGGCGUAUGAAGGAAGAAUUGGCAAUGAUUCGUCACGCCCUACUUUCUCAACUACAUUUGCUGCAGAGCUACAAUCCGUUCUUGAGCCCCUACCAAAGUGGAAAGUUCUAGCAGAAGUGCUUGAGGAGAUCGAGUAUGAUGCCUACGUUCAUCCAGUGGGUGGAGAUGAAUCUCAUAGCACAAUCCUGAUCAUGUGCAGUGAUCAACGGAUAUGUCGUCAACUUCGAGAAUUUAUUGGAAGCAUGCACGCCAGAGUUGGCCACCAAUCAAAAGACUCAGAUGACGAAAAAGAACAAUCAUCGGCGGAGGUAAUGAUGCGACGCCGAUUACGUGACUAUCUGAAUUGGAAGCGCUCACUAUCUAAUGUCAACAAAAACCUAUCUCAGCCCGGAGUUGAAGGGAGUUCCGGUGGACCUAACGGGUCAGCAUCAACUCCAUCAAGACCACAGGGAAAACCCCCACCACCUAAGCGCCGUCGAGUUCGCGGAGGAGGCGCAGUAAAUUCUGCAGCGGGACGUGUGCCAACUAGUAGCGUACAGACUGUGGUGGAACAGCCUGAUCAAGUGAUCAACCUACUCAAUGAAAUUCAACCAACAGAGGUAGAGGAAACUCAGAAGGAAGAGAUCACUAUUGAUGAUCUGGAAUAUAUGGACGAUUAUUACGAGCUUUAUGAUAUGGACGAUUUGGUCAUGAUACAUUCAUACGAUGGGGACAUGGAUGAACACAUCUUGGAAGAAGCUCGGCCACGAUACAUUAUCAUGUAUGAGCCAGAUGCCGCCUUCAUUCGUCGGGUAGAAGUAUACCGCAGCUCUCACUCAGGACGAAAUGUGAAAGUCUACUUUAUUUACUACGGUGGGUCUGUUGAGGAACAACGAUAUCUGAGUGCAGUGCGGCGAGAAAAAGACUCCUUCACCAAGCUGAUUAAAGAAAAGGGUAACAUGGCUGUCACAUUGACACAUGAUAAACGCGCCGAAGACCCGCAAGAACAGUUUCUCCGCACUGUCAACACUCGGAUUGCCGGAGGAGGCCGAUUAACAGCCACGGCUACCCCUCCUAGGGUAGUAGUCGACGUGCGAGAGUUUAGAAGUGCUCUCCCGUCCCUGUUGCAUGGUAACAACAUGGUUGUGAUCCCCUGCCAACUGACAGUGGGAGACUACAUUCUAACUCCAGAAAUCGCCGUAGAGCGCAAAUCCCUUCCUGACUUAAUCUCAUCUCUCCGGAAUGGACGUCUUUACAACCAGGCCGAAACAAUGCUCCAGCACUACAAGUACCCAGUGCUGCUGAUUGAGUUUGACCAAAAUAAGUCAUUCACAUUUGAUGCUUUUGCCUCUGCAACAUCAGCUACUAGUUUCGUGACAGAAACAGGCUUCACAUCCAGCGGGCAAGCAACCAGCAGUAGCGCACUUGCUAACUCAUCAAACCCAAAAUCUGCUCAGCACAUGCUUGUCCUUCUCACCCUUGCCUUUCCCAGGCUGAAGAUUGUCUGGUCUUCCUCUCCAUACCAAACAGCCGAGAUCUUUGCUGAGCUAAAAAAGAAUUCUGAGGAGCCUGACCCUCUUCGCUCCGUUCAGAUAGGACUUGACAUUGACAUUUCUGAAUCUGCGGCUGGGUCCAGUGGUAUUAUGGGUGUAUCUGGAAUCGAGACCCGUAUCUUUAAUCAGCUUCCACAAGAUAUGCUGCGAGCUGUUCCGGGUGUAACUCCCCAGGCUCUUGAGAGAUUAAUUCUAGAGACAGAGAACCUGACCGAAGUUGCCAAUAUGGACUUCGAUCAGUUGGACCCGCUUGUUGGCAAAGAAGCUGCGCGAAAGAUUGUGGCAUUUUUCCGCAAGAGUGUGUUUGAUGAUUAG